AUGGGAAAAAACAAGCGGAAAGGAGGGCUCACUGGUGUGUCCAGAUUCCUUUUCCAGUCGAUGAAAGCAGAUGAAGGCAGUGAGGGCUCUCAAGCUCUGGAGAAAGCGAAGGAGAGUACCGCCGAGAAGGCAGACGAUCAUCCUGCGAAAAAGAGGAAAAUGAAUGAUGGGUCAUCAUAUGCGGAAAAUGUCGACGAUACCAAGACUCGCUGGGUCGAGAAGUACGACGCGACAGGUCUCGUACCACAUUAUACUGAGGCAUCCCAAGUCCCCCAACAUCUUCAAAAAUAUUUCUCGCAAAGAGAGCGUUUUUUCUCGUUAUAUUCAACCGCCCCUGGCUGCUUGCUUGAUGAAGAAGGCUGGUAUAGUGUCACGCCAGAGCUAUUGGCGGAUCAGAUUGCGGAAAGAUGUAGAUGCGAUACAAUACUAGAUGCAUUCUGUGGGGUAGGAGGAAACGCUAUUGCUUUUGCAAAAACGUGCCAAAGGGUUGUUGCUCUCGACACGUCGCCGACCCGUUUGGCUCUAGCAAGACACAACGCCCAAAUCUAUGGUGUCGCUGAUCGGAUCGAAUUCGUUCUAACAGACUACAUCUCCUUUGUCAGAUCGCAGAUGACUCUCCCGUCUCAUUCUAAUCCAGAAAGCGAUGACCAUCAGGAACGCCGAAAAUUUGACGUUGUCUUUCUGAGCCCCCCAUGGGGCGGUCCAUCGUACCUUUCUGGAUCGACGGACGAUGUCUCUGCUCUGGAUAAUGACAAAGAUAUCGCUUCUUCACAGGCUCCCGAACACCCAUCCUAUUCUCUUUCUUCUAUCCGACCUAUACACGGGACUGAACUGUUCGAUCUCACAAGAAAAAUCACGAAAAAUGUCGCUUAUUACCUACCCAGAAAUACGCGUCUAGAGGAAAUCAGUGAAUUGCUUUCGCAGGAGAGGAAACGAUCAUCUGGUCAAUCACUCAAGCAAAAAAAUAACCCAGCUGUGCAGUCGGCGCCGCCUGUGGAAGAGAAAGUGGAAGUUGAGGAGGAAUGGAUGGGCAAUAAGCUGAAAGCGUUGACUUGCUAUUUUGGAGGGUUGGUUUCUGGUCAGGAAGGUAUGUUCUGA